AUGAUUUCAACUAAUCUCUGGACACUUCUUGCGUUGGCGACUCCCACAGUGUCAGCAGGUGGUGGUGUGCAUUACUCUACUCAUGGAAAACGACCUCAAUGCACAGUACUCGCCAAUGGAGGCACCACCAACGACGUUCCCAACAUUCUCAAAGCAUUUAGCAAAUGUGGAAACGGAGGCGACAUCAUCUUCCCAGAAAACCAAAACUACUACAUUGCUUCAAAGUUGAAUCCUGUUGUAAACGAUGUCAAUAUUGAUUGGCGGGGCAUUUGGACUUUUUCUCCGGAUAUCGAGUACUGGAGACAGAAUAGCUCUACCUAUCCGAUCGCUUUCCAGAAUCAUGCUGCCUCGUUCAUCUUGACGGGCGAUCACAUCCGCAUCAACGGAUAUGGAACAGGAGGUAUCUUUGGAAAUGGUGAUACCUGGUAUACUGCGGAAGCUGGGCAUACAGUACCCGGCAGACCCAUGCCAAUGGUCUUCUGGAACGUCUCGGAUGUGACAGUAAAGAAGUUCUUCGUCAAGGAUCCACCUCUGUGGAGUUUCAACAUCAUGAAUGGCACAGACAUGUGGAUUGACGAGUUAUACUGCAACGCCACCGCAACACAAGCAAACACAAGUCAGAAUUGGGUGCAGAACACCGAUGGAUUUGAUACGAUGGACUCGAAAAACAUCCGUCUCACCAACUUCGUAUACCAAGGUGGUGACGAUUGCAUUGCCAUCAAGCCCAGAUCUUACAACAUCUUCGUCCAGAAUGCAACCUGCAGAGGAGGCAACGGCAUGGCCAUUGGUAGCGUAGGACAAUACCUCGAGGACAACACUGUCGAGAACGUAAUCGUGGAUGAUAUAAUCCGCUGGAACGAAGAUAUGCACGGCUCCGUCCUGAUAAAAACCUGGGUCGGCGCCCUGGUCCCCCAAAACCCGUCCGCAAACGGCUACUACGAAAAUGCAGGCCUCCCUCGCGGUGGCGGCUGGGGAUCCGUCCGUAACAUCCACUUCUCGAACUUUGUUGUCCAAGGCGCAGAUGCAGGUCCCACCAUCGAUCAAAACUCGGGCAACAAUGGCAGUUUUGCGGGUACCAGCUUGAUGGAUAUAAGCAAUAUUGCUUUCACCAACUUCACUGGCUGGUUGUCUGGCAAGGAGUCCAAGAAUCGGACGGCAAGUGUGAGUUGUUCGAAGGUGCAUCCGUGCUUCAAUAUCAAUUUCGACAAUGUCACGCUGACGACGGCGCAAAACUCGACGAGUACGGGGACGGGUAGUUGUAGUUACAUGUCGCCUGGAGGUGUGCAUGGUCUUUCUGGAAGCGGGUGUUCGUAA